AUGGGCGAUCGCAGUGGUCUCAGCCCACCAUCCAGCACCGGCGCAGCGGUGGAUUGUAACAACAUCAUCCUCAACCUGGCAGAUUGCAUAACCUUCGUCACCAACGACAGCACCGAGGCGAAGCCGCAGGGGAGCUGCUGUUCCGGCCUAAAAAUGGUGCUGAAAACCAAAACGGAGUGCCUGUGCAAUGGGUUUAAAAACAGCCCUCUCUCUCCCCUCCGCUUACCAUGUCUCCGCUCCCUCAGAGUUAGCAACAACGGCUUGAACAUCGGCAUCAUUUCCUCCUCGCCAUUACAGCCACCUCCAAGCUUAAUUGCAGUCACACCUAUAGGAUCUAAUCAGGUAGCGCCAAGGCUAACUCAGGGAGACCCACCGCCUUCUGCAAUGACACCGGUGGGAUCCAUUGCCGCCACCCUGACCGCGGCAGCCGCAACAGCAUUGCUGGUGGUGUUUUGA